UUGUUUUAUGUCCUCUCAGUCUCUUUCUCUCUGUUUUCGUUCUUAGAAUUUGAGAGAAAUUUCUCUGGUUCCAGUUUCAAUUGUCAAUGGAGAAAGCUUCUUCUUUCUUGUCCUCGAUCCUCGGCCGCAGCAGCGGCCCUUCUGAUCCCUCAGCAAAAGUCACCUCCAUCUUCAUAUACCCCGUCAAAUCCUGCAGGGGCAUUUCUGUUCCUAAAGCUCCCAUCGCUUCAACUGGAUUUCAAUGGGAUCGUCAUUGGUUGGUCGUAAACUCCAAGGGAAGGGCAUACACUCAAAGGGUUGAACCUAAGCUUGCAUUGGUUGAGGUAGAACUGCCAACAGAUGCCUUUAAUGAGGAUUGGGAGCCAACAGAUGGUUCAUUUUUAGUAAUAAGGGCCCCCGGAAUGGACUUAUUAAAGGUUCCUCUGAAGGGAGUAUGUGAUGUUAUUGAUGGUAUCUCUGUAUGGGAGUGGUCUGGCUCUGCAUUUGAUGAAGGAACUGAAGCAUCUGAUUGGUUCUCGACUUACCUGGGAAAGCCAAGUCGUUUAGUGCGGUUCAACAUUACAUCAGAAAUUAGAUCUGUGGAACCAAAUUAUGCUCAAGGAUACAAAAUUGUGUUUUCUGAUCUGUAUCCAUUCUUGAUAGCAUCUCAGCAAUCGAUCAACAAGUUAAAUGAACUUCUUCGUGAACCAGUAUCCAUCAAUCGUUUCAGACCCAACAUUCUUGUUGAUGGAUGUGAACCGUUUUCAGAGGAUUUAUGGAAAGUUAUCAAAAUAAACAACCUUACAUUUCGUGGAGUGAAGCUAUGUGCACGCUGUAAGGUGCCAAACAUUGAUCAGGAAAGUGGAGUUUCUGCAGCAGAACCAACAGAAACUCUCCUAACAUUUCGGUCAGACCAUAUUCUAAACCUGAAGAAAAAGCUGGGGAAGGUAUAUUUUGGUCAAAAUUUGGUGUGUGAGGAUUCACUGUCUGCUUCUGGAAUAGAAAAGUCAGUUUCAGUGGGAGAUCCAGUCUUUGUCUUUGAAAAUCACCCUUCUACAGCUGAUGCUCCUGUGUAAAAUCUGAGACAGUUUAAAUCUCCGCCAAAACAGCUUAUACGAUUUAAGAGGAGAAGUCACUCAUUUCCCAUCUAUUUCUUUUUCUAUUUGGAAAUUAUGUUGAAAUAAUCAGAUCUAGUAGUGGAUCUAAUAAGGUUUGUCUCGAACUUUCUUUUAGGAUAUGUAUUAUGUAACAUGGAUAAUUUUAACUUGUAAUAGAAUUGUUUGCCUAUAUGAUGUCCUUUUAUUUCA